ACCAAAACCAUCUGCUAGGAGCAGUAACAUCUCGGCCAUUUGCAAAAAAAUGACUAGCGAAAUCGAUUCCUCCCUCCUGCCUCCUGCUCUCGCCCUUCAACCUCUUGCUACGGGCUUUUAUUAAAAUAAGGUCACGUCCUACAUACUGAGUGCGAUCCAGACAUUGCGUCUGACGGUGACGUACUUGUCGGCUUUCGCGAAACCACGGAAGACAUAUCAUUUUACACUCCGUCGUCUUCUAUGCAAAUCAUCUUAUGCCUCUGGUCUGCUGCGCGGGACGAUCUAAAAUAAUUUUGGUACUUUCAGAACUAUGGAAGAGGAGGCUUGUUUACACUUCACUUCUUUGUACAGAUGUUUUUGCAAGGACAAGUUCCUUGCACGACGACCAGCAGUCGUCGCUGUUUCAUUCUUUUCUUCCAGACGUAUGGUCACUUUGUCCAGCGAGGCGCUCAAGGCGUAAUAAUUCUGUUCGGCCUGUCACGGCGGUGCCAAAGAGACAAACAAAAUUGGAAAGAGAAGGGCAGGUAUGCAGGCAGGAAACAUAUGGAUGUGAGAUUCAUGGAGGCAUUGAGGAAAAGCAAAUUCUUUUGUAUCUCUGGGCUAUCUCUCUUACAUGUCAAAAACUCUGAUCAAUUUUCUUUCUCCAACUGCUCUUGAUUGCAUCGAAAUCACAUGCUU